CGCCGGACCAUGACGUUUCUACUCAAUAGGCCUUAGCUGGUGUGAGGAGCCUUUUGUAUGCAAUGUUGAAUGGGGAUUGUAUGGAACUUCAAGGAGUUGUGUAACAGGGACUUCCACAUCUUCCUGUAGGAAGGAUAGAAAUAGUGGCACAUUCAUUGUACUAGCGGCACGUAGAAAUCGGGAGACAUCCUCGCUUACAAACAAGUCGGUCUCCUAGAAAUUCCAGCACUGGAUUUGUAGUAUAGCCAUGUCAGAACUAAAGGUAUCCUCUGAAAUAUCGUUUCUGUACUGAAGGGGAUUAGUAUAGGUUUGCCUGUUAGGUAAAGUGACGGAAAAUCUUACUCUUUUUUAACACGUUGAUAUAUUUACAAUGUGUAUAUAUAUAUUUGUGUGUGGAAUGUUGACGACGCCUCUUACUUGUGAUGAUAUUUGACUGCUUUUAAAACCUCUGUGCUCCAGUGGGCAUCACGGGAGUGUGAAACCUUUUUUAAUUGGAAGGAAAGGAAAUGAAAGACAGAUUCCGGGAGGGGAUAGUAUUACAACGUUUGUAUGUGGACAUGCAUGAGGGGGACCAUCGCAUGGAUGUCACAGGUAACACCUACAACUGCCACGAUUCUUCAUCAGUCGGUGCUUCUUCUCUGAUGCCCUUACACUAUGACACUGCAUUGCAUUCAUUAUGCACCACUGCAAUGACCCAGAUUUUGAUGGAGAGAUUUUCGCACUAAUUACCGCCCUGCGGCUGAUAUCAAAUUCGGAAUAAAUCGCAAAGAUGCUGUCUCCUGCCGUAGAGACUGCAGCACCCAUGGGGCAGCAAUUUUCAAUGGAUGAAGAGGGGUUAGGAACACCGGUGGGCAAGGGAAGUAACUCUUGUGGGGCCUCAAAGGAACGUACCAGUAACUCUGGACCUGACAGAGCUAGGGGCAGUGAUGACAGUGGCACAGUCACAGCUGAUGGCGGACCCUGUAUGAAGGACAAAAUUGACAACUUGAUCGAAAAUUAUCUUCUGGGAAGAGACGACAAUGAUGUUUCAAAUGAUUCUGAUGCAGAAGGUCGUUCAGAUGAACCAAAACAUGAUAAUACAGAAAUUAGUAUGAAGACUUUUGCCAAUGAAAAAUGUGUGGCAAUUGACCCACCUAGGUCAUUUGUUCGGAAGUUAUCAGAAGUUGUUCAGGCGAAAAGUGAUAGUUGCUUAUCUACAAAGACUUCUAAUGACACAGUCGCAACGGUUAAGAUUGAAUCCAAGGAAAUAAAAACGGAAGAGCAACCCUCACAAGACACACACUGUGUAAGUCAAACAACCCCUUCUCCUAUGAAGGGAGACUGUAAAGUUGAGGCGACCGAGGAGGUGGAGAAAAAGAAGAAACUGUCUGUAGACUCUAGCCAGAACAGUAAUGUGACAACGUUUCAGACUUUAAUAGAGAAAGUGUUAAAUAAUUCUCUGCCAGAUUUGAAUAAAGAACCAAGUGAAAAGACAAAUAUUCUUGAAUUAAGUGAUCAAUCUGCCAGGCCUUCAAACACACCACCUGCUCAAGCAGGCAUGACAGAGAAGGAACUCAACGACAAAUCACCGCCAGAGCUAGGAGAUAGCAGUGCUAAAUCUUUGUCAAAUUCUCAACAGCGACAAUCAAACAGCAUUGAGGAUAUGAGUAUAUCAAAACGCAAGCUAGUGUGCUUAAAGGACCAUAUUGAGAGAGUGUUGGAGAAAAGUUAUAAUAGUAUUAAUAAAAAGGAUGAAAAAGAUCAAUUAGAUGCUAACGAACGAUUCAAAAACCAGUUGGAUGAAAGUCAGCCUUCAGUAUCGGCGACAAGGGUUGAGAUUAGCCAAUCAAAUCCAGGGAAAAGUACAGACAGUAAUGGAUUUAAUGCACAAGAAAUGGUAGAUACUGUGAUUGAUCAAACAAAAGUAGUGAAUAAACUUUUGUCUCCUUCAAAGGAGAGUGCAUCAAAAGGGGAGGUAAUUGAACAGCAAGGAGAGAAAAGUAGUUCUAAUCAGGAACAAGGACACUCCAGUUACAACCAGAUGGGAAAUAGUCCUGCAAGUGCCAGGCGACAUGGUGAGAAUGGUGCUGGGUCAGAUAUAGACAGGGCAAACACAAAUUAUAGUACUGAUAGUACAAGACACUCUGAACAAAUGAACAAAGCUCUGAUGCAGGGCAUGGAAAGACUUCAAACACAUGUAGAGGAAACUGUAGCCAACCUAGGUCGCAAAAUGAUGGAACGACCAAAUAAGGAUGUGGAAUCUUCUUGGAAGGAAAUACAUGACUCACCACAUGGUUACAGUUCAGGAUAUCCACAAGAGCGCCACAUGCGGCCCCAUCUGCCAUAUCCCAUUGAUAAGACAUGCAUGCCAUAUCUUGGACGGCCCAAUCCUCCAUUCCACAGUGUUGGUGGUCCCAUGCAAGGUGGCCCUAUGGUUGGGGGUCCUAUGAGCGGAGGUCUUAGCAGUGCAAACAGGCCACCAAAGGAAAUGAUGCCAGUCUCCCCACAAUAUCCAAACAACUCACAUUAUCCAUACCCCGGCAUGAUGCAUUCACCCAGUUUACCGCGACAGUUGUCACCAAGACAACCAAUUCCUCAACAACAAUCACCAAGGCAACCAUCACCAUCAACAUCUUCUCAAGUGCCAAAAAAGAUGUCGCCCAAUUGUGACUCACGUCAAAUGUAUGGGCAGCAUCAUCAAAUGCACCAUAUGGGGGCAAACCAAACAAGUCCCCAUCAUACACAACACCGUGAUGGAGGGCUUCAUCGCGAUGGAGGAUCUCAUUCAUCAUCUUCACGAGAGUCUGGGAAUCAUGUUGGACAUCAAAUGUUACGAGAACAUGCUUCCCAUCAUGCACCUGUGUCAUUAAGAGACUGUGCCACACAUGUGGGUGGCCAUUCUCAAAUGGCUGGAAGCCACAAUCAUCAUCAUCAACAACACCAUGGGGCUAAUGGCCAACAGAUAUCAUUACGUGACUGUCAGUGUGCAUCAUGCGACUCAAGACAAGCUCGUAAACCUGACACAAAGGAGGGAUAUUCACAACAUCCUGCAGAAUAUGGCUCCCUUAAACCUGGGCAUAUAUCCAGUGGAUCACCAUACCACCCUCAACCUGCUACAAUGCGACCUCCUGCAGCAGAACAAAUGUCUCCACAUGCAAAUAUGCAGAAACCUCAGGACAAAGAUAACAACCCUAAAAUGUCAGUUUCCUCUGCAAUGGCACUCGGCCCCACUCCGCCACUUACAUAUUAUCAACAAUCCCAACAACAACAUCCAUUCAAAAUGCCUCAGCUGUAUCCUUCAAAUCCACCUAUUUCAUCCCCGCGAGAAUACAGCCGAAUGAUGGCACAGAAUUCUCCAGGUGCAAUGUCACAGGUGUCCCCACAGGGUGGUAAUCCAGCGAUGUGGAAGGCAUCCGAGCGUGAAUUGAAACAGCAGCAGCAGUUGCCACCAUCUGUUGCUGGGCAGUUCUCUCCGAUUACUCAGCACAAACUUCAGCAGCAGCAACAGCAGCAACAGCAACAGCAGCAGCAACAGCAACAGCAACAAACUAGUCCUCUACCAUAUCCUCCUUCUCAACAUCCUCCCUAUCACCCUCCGCAUCCUCAACUCUCACCACAUUAUAAACGAGAUGGUCCCAAUAGGGGAGAUAACUUCUGGACAAAGGCGGAGCCAGGCGAGGUUCAAAACCAUGACAGCCAUUAUGGUUCCCAUGGUGAACCCCCACCAAAGCCCAAGGAUGUCCCUCCUGUCCUUGACCUGUCUGUCAAGAAAAAGGAGGAGGGGAAACCUACCGGGGAUCAACCUCUUGAUCUGACCUGUAAAUCCCAGAAAUCACAAUCAUCCUUGUAUGACAAUCAAGAUUCACGUGAACGCGAUAGAGGUGGUCUUCGUACCAAUGUCCCAUAUAGUGCAGCUAAUGACAUGAAAUUUAAUUCUCCGUCGCGCAACACAUUUCUUCACCAGCUUGAAAACAGUGUGCAAAGACUCAUCCGGGAACGCAAGCCACCAGGGAGGAGCUCUGAGGGGACUGGCUAUCAUCCCCAACAGAGUCCACAUCCAGUGGAACACCAGAGUCCAAAGCGAGCAUUGCCACCACAGGUCAGGGGCCUGGAACAGGGAGCCAACCCUUCUUAUACUGUUCAUAGUCAUCAAGAUCACAGUCAAGGUCACCACCAAGCUCACAGAGAAAGAAGUUCUUCACACCCAAUGUCUGUCGCUGCUAGUGCUAGUAAGUUGCCGCCACCACUAAUGCCAGCGAUUUAUGCGCAAGGACCUAACAGCAUGCCAUACAACAGUUCCAGUCAAACACCGAGGGGGCCAGAGUUGUCUCCCCGUGGCCCUGUGUCACAGACAGACAUGUCAACUGGACAUCUCCAGUCUGUGGCCCAGUUACACGGAGGUCCAAUGUCACAGCAACCAUCACAGAACUUUCAUCAUCAACAUCAGCCUACAUCACAACAAUACCCAAUGCAAACUCCACCCUCUUCUCGUCAACAGGCCCAUCAGAACAUCAGUCAGAACCAUCACUCUAGCUCCACCCAGCAACCAUAUCCACAGCAGCAGCAACAACAGCAACAACAGCAACAACAACAACAACAGCAGCUGCAGCCACCAUACUCACAACAAAAUUCUCAUAAUCAACAGCAUUCAUCACCAAAUUUUCCACAACAUAGAGCACAUCAUCAACAGUCACAACAACUAUCACAGCAACCAUCUCAGCAACAACAAUCUGAACAACAGUACAUGCAGCAAAACAGACAGGAGACGUCCUCCCCAAAUGAUGAACAAUCACGACAAGGAUCAAAACGGUCCAAUGUGUCAAAACAUGAACCGAUCCAGAACAUCAUUGGUAAUCACUCACCCAAUGAUAUUUUGUAUCUCAUCUGUAGACUUUGUGGACAGACCUAUGGUAGUCCAUAUGGAUUCCGCAAACACUUCCGCAACCAGCAUGGAUUUGAACCUCGUGCUGAACACACAAUUGUGCAGACAAUUUCUGCCACCAAGCGAACAUUAAAUGCACCACCACAAGUGGGUACAUACAAUAUACAGCAGGCAGCCUCUCCACAACAAAUACCUCCACGACAUCCUAUGGAACCAGCAUCUGUGGCACCUGUACCGCCUCAACCACCGGCCAUCUUUGUCACAGGACCUAACACUCAAAACAUGACCGUGCAACAAUCCUCCCAAAAUGUUCCUGCUGAAACUGUUAACACAAGUUAUAAGAGUGGCAGAAUCUCCUCCAGAGACUCCAAUUCAUCAAAUUCUGAGCCUAGUAAUGAGGACCCGUCUCCUCACAACAUCAAUAUGAACGUAUUGGUGGUAAAGGACAAUGUACAGUCAACAAACAAGGAACGAAACACACCCAACGCCGAGCCAAGUCAAACCAUCGAAAGUUUGAGAGACAGCGUUAAAAGUGAAAUUCACAAUACACAAAGUCCUACUGAACGUAAACGAAUGGAAUGUCCAGAAUGUGGACAAACAUUCCAGCUUAAUGAUUUUGGUUUGUUUAAACGUCAUUGUCGACAACAUGGCCAGCCAAAAAUUCCUCGACAGCUUGGCUCUGCCGGCGAAGCUCAAGUGUCAUUUUCUGACCAAGUUUCAUCGAGUCGUGACCUAAAUUCCUCCAGCCAGAAUGAGACUGGCACUGAUAUGUCAACUGUGUGUAAGUUUUGUAACAUCCCUUUUGCCACACCUUCCUUCCUACAAGAUCACGUUUUAAACGUUCAUCCAGAUAAAACAAGAAGUCAACAACAACAGGAAAGUGACAGUAACCAUAGUGAUUGUCAAGACUCGGUCAUAAUCAAACCUUUAACGCCUUCUGUUGUCAAAAAAGUUCCCGCAGAAUCAGCAACAAUCAGUGUCAGUCCUGACAGUAGUUGUGAACCACAGUCUAUACAGGAUGCCAAAGUAUCGGAGUCUUACGAGGACAGGCAAAUGCCUGUCUUGAAGAAACAAAUAUCAACAACUAGUUCAGUAGAAAGUGAUUCAAAAAAUGAAAAAAAUACUGAUGAUACAGACAUUAAGAUCCAAAAUAGUGACUCACACAACGCAAAAAGUCCAGAAAGUGUUGAUCGUCAGAUAAGCAGCGAAUCGGGAUCGUUAAUUGAUAACACUGACGAAAAGUCAUGUGACUAUUCCAUGGAUAAUGUCAGCUAUAUGCACAAGAAAUUCAGUUCACAUCGAAAUAAGCGAAAACACAAUGUGUCAUCUGCUGAUACAACAACAACAAACAAACAGUUAAAAAUAAGUUCUGAUUUUGUAUCCAGUGCUAAAAGUCCAGGUAGUGUGAACAGUCCUAGUGCUUAUUCUAGUAACAGUUAUGACUCGGAGACUUCAAACAUGAUGGAAAUCUCCUCAAAUGAGGUGGGGGAAAGUGAAAUAGGUUCUGAAAUGGACGGUACAGACGACAAACAUUCCAAGCUGAUGGUUAAGAUAAAAUGUGGCGCAGAUGGGAUUAAGAACAGAGCUGAAGCUCGUCAUCAGCUUCCCUUUGUUUGGGACCGAGUGACAAGGAGCCAAGCAGGCAAAAACAUUCGACGAAAUGAAUUUCACUAAUCAAGGAUUAUAACUCACUCUUAUCAAAUGGGAUGUUACCGAGGUUCAUCGAACAAGGAAAGGGAAUUAAGUUACUGUUUCAUAGAAAGGAAGUAACUCUGAUUGUUAAAAAUUACUCACUUUUAAAGGGAAGAUAGUGUGUAUAUCAUAACCCAAGGGAAAUAACUCUUUGUGAAUCCAUCUUUUCUUACAUAUAUAAUUCUAACAAGAGAUAUCCGUGGAUUAUCUAACAAACAAUUCUGACGUGCUAAAGCGAUCGAUUUGAUAGUUUGUGGAUGUUUUGAUUGAUUUUAUAUCUAACAAGGGGAUAUGUUGAAUUUUGUUGCUAUGUGAUUUCUUUAAAUUAUUUAUCGGAAUUUGGAUUAUUUUAAAAAGGAUUCCUGACAUUCGUAUAUUGGAUUAAUGUGUAAUCAUCAGUUAAGUGUCAUCUCAAGGGAGGCAACCUCUUUUUUCCUUUUCUUUCUGAAGCUAUGAAAAGUGUGUGGGUUCAAUAAUUGAAGCCUGCAAAGCUCCAGAUUGGAUUUAAUGUGAAGAUUCUUGUUGGUUGAAAAAGGAAUUUGUUAAAGAAUUCCGGGGAUAUGUGCUAUUUUCUGUUUAAAAAUUGUGUAACCAGAUAACAGAUACUGCCAAAAACAUGGAAAGUGAUAAUUUUCCUACCUAAAUGUGGAUUACUAUAUAAAUUAGUAAGUGUCUGAUACAUUACCUAUUGAUGAUAGAUAGAUAUACAUAUAUAUAUAUAUUAUUGUGUAAAUAUUGUUAUGAUUUUUAUGAGUGUAUGAAAAAAAUAGUCAAAGCACAAUCAUGUUGUUUACAUGGUUAAAUACUGAAAUAUACUCUGGUACAUGUAGGUACUUCAGUAGGGCUAGAUGUGUACUUGGCUGUAUACUAAAUGUAUACUCCUGAACAUGAAUAUACUCUAGAAGGGUUAAAUGUGUACAUGACAGUAUACUGAAUGUAUACUCCUAUAUAUGAGUAAACUAGAGUAGGAUCAUGUUGUGUACCUAGUAGUAUACUGAAUGUUUGCUCCUGAACAUGGACACUCUCUGGUAGGUUAGAUGUGUACAUGGCUGUGUGCUGAAGGUAUACUCCUUAACAUGGACAUUCUCUUGUAAGUUAGAUGUGUACAUGGCUGUGUGCUGAAGGUAUACUCCUGAACAUGGACACUCUCUGGUAGGUUAGAUGUGUACAUGGCUGUAUGCUGAAGGUAUACCCCUGAACAUGAAUAUACUUCAGUAGGUUUACUGGUUAAUAUACUGAAGAUCGACAUAUAAAGCCUUUUUUUUUCCACCAAAGUUUGAAAAAAAGAUUUUACGAUGCAAGUGCAGGAAAUGACAGGUUCACUGUAUGGUCAUGUAAAUCAAUUUGUCAAUAUAUUGUAUACAGAUAAAAGUAUGUACUUCCAGUACACUAUUAUAAUAUGCUGAAAGUAUACUCAUGUGUACAAUUUAAAACUGAAAGUAUACUCAUGUGUACAAUUUAAUACUGAAAGUAUACUCAUGUGUACAAUUUAAUACUGAAAGUAUACUGCUGUGUACAACUUAAUAUUUAAAAAUUCACUCCUCCAGCAAUUGAAUACUAAAAUUAUACUCCUGUACACAAUAAUAUACUCAAAGUAUACUCUUCUACACAGCUUAACACGUGGAAUAUAUAUUCAUGUUUACAGUUAAUACUGAAAGUAUACUCCUAAACAUAAGUUAAUACUGGAAGUGUACUUUUUAACAAUUUAAUAUUGCAAAUGUAUUCCUCUACACAAUUAUCUGUACAUACUUAAUGUAUACUGCUGUACAACAUACUGAAACUAUACUGUACAACUAUACUGAAACUAUAUUCCUAUACACAACUUUAUACUUGGGAGUAUACUGUUUUUACUUUAAAAUUCAAUACUCUUGUACAGGUUAUACAGAAAGUUCCUGUACACAACUUACAACUGAAAGUAUACUCAUGUACACAUCUUACUACUGAAAGUAUACUCCUGUACACAACUUACUACUGAAAGUAUACUCAUGUACACAACUUACUACUGAAAGUAUACUCCUUAACAUAGCUUCAACUUGGGAGUAUACUCCUAAACAUCCAUUCACACACUGGAUUCCUCAACAACCAGUGAGCUGCUGCGACGUACCUACGAUUCAACGAACGAAAGACCAGUAGAGUUGUUUUAAGAUUGUAUACAUUGUCCAUUUUCAAGGUUGAAGUUUUAGGCAUUGUUGUGUGAAUGUACAUGUGUGGGUGUAUGCAUCGGUGUGUUUGUGUGUUUAAUCCAUCUUUUUGACAAAUCUUGUUUUAACAAAUUUUUGAGAUGUUACAAAUAGAUAAUCUGUUGAUUAUUUAUCAAGCCACAGGUUUGGUAUUUUGUAGGAUAUCACUGUUAUCAUCAAUGUUCUUUGUUUUGUUAGUCAUGUCCUACACUAGUAUUGUUUUUCAGUCAUGAAAUGACGCAUCGCAUCCUCAUCCCCAUUACUUACACAUGUUAUCGUGUGCUGUGACAGUGUUCACUUUAAUCUUUUUCUGAGAAUUACUGCUUUGAAGCGGUUCAAUCUAGCUGCAAAGUUGCAGGCCAAUAUUUAGCUGCUUUUUUACUGGGUAAUUGUAUUGCAAACAUUUCAGUCUAUGUUUGCAGGAAAUGAAUGCAAUAUUGUUUAUGAUAAUAGAACUACAUUGAUAAAAGCAUGCUUAAUCAUGCUUAAUUCUUUGUUUAUAAAUUCAUUUACAAUUGAAUUUGUUAUCAUUUAUAAAAGUUUUAGGCAGUAGUUAAAAAUUAUACUUUUUCCUGAAAAUCAAUGAGAUAUUUUUUUUAAAUGUUUUGAAAAAACAGGAAAGACUACUUAACAAUUCUUGUUAGUGAAUAAAAUGUUCCGCCUUGAUGCUGACACGAGAUCCAUGUUUCUGAAAUUUGAUUUGAACAUGUAAUUAGUCUAAUUAUAGUAAAUGCCAUAAUUUCUGUUUAGAAAUUAGGUUUGAAGCCAAGCCCAAUGUUUAACGCAGGUGCCGAUGAUCAUUUCAUGAUUAUUGAGUCACAUUUUGAGGUCGCUUUUCUCUGAAACGAGCAGAGUUUACCAUAUUUGUCUUGGAAAAUUUCAUUAGGGGAAUAGGGCAAGGUUAAUUGCCUUCCCUGACGAUGAAAAGGUAUUUCUGUCACAUAUAGGUUUGUAAAUGGAGGGUUGCUGUUCUGACUUAAAUAAAAAUCACUUAACAGGGUUAAAUGUUCACCUCCACAGUGACAUGAAUUUGAUUAUACCACACCGUAAUACUUGAUUUAUGGCUCAAGGGGAGUAACUCUAUGAAAUUAUAUAAAAUUUAAACCUAAAUAUCUUAAGAUAUAAUAAUCCUCAAAUUUUACAUAUCAGAAAAUAGCAGUGUGUAUAUAAUACUUGUAAUUUCCCUUUAGUGUCUUGCCCAGUUUCCUUGAUGAAAAUCUUAAUAUGCUUUAUAUAUAGAUUUGUUACCAGCUAUUUCACAGAUUUGGUUUAAGGUAGCUAUUGAUACUGACUCUUUUGUUAGGUAAUUGAACAUUGAACUACUGACGUCUUGCUUUUAACCCUUUCACCCCUAUGUAACUUUCGUAGACUCUACCAAGCAUUGAUAUGGAUGAGUCCAUUAUGGUUUACAGUGGUGAAAGGGUUAAACUAUGACAGAGAAAUUUCUAUACAUAACUUUUUCUUUCAUAAACUAUCUUUAUCUGUGCAAAUGAAUUCGGUUGACCACCUAAACCUUUAAUGCUACAAAAUUGGUGCCACUCAAUACACACUGGUCUUAAACUGUUGUGAUCCAAAGAGAAAUUGAAAUUAAAAAAAAGAUAAUCUUUUUGUGCAUUACUUAAACUAGGAGUGCCACAUUCCAUGAAAUAAUUGCACUGCAAGGUUUAAAAUACAACAUAAAAGGUGUGUAUUUGUAUUGAAUCUGAACUUUGAUUUCAAUGGUACAGAAUAAAUAAUGAGACAUUUGAGAGACAUUUUAAAAUUUCUGUUUAAUGAAAUCUAAAUUUUUGUUAAGAACGUCCUUAAAUUUCCUUUUUAGAAAAGUUUGAGUGCAUUUGUCAAAUCAAAUAUGAUACUGUUAUUUUAAAUGUGUUGAAAGUCGAGGCAAAACAUACAGACUUCAGAAGUAUGUAUUCUUAUUUUUAUUUUUUUGGGCGAUUUAAGCAUUGCUCUAAUUUAUGAUUGCUCUAUUCAAAGUUUCUGUAUAUAUAGUUUUGAAUGGCAAAUAUUGGUAGUUCAGUAACUCAUCAUUGAUCUAACCUGUUAAAAAAAAAAAAAAACUAAAUUCUGAGUCUGCUAAAAUAAGUACUCUAACAGUUACUAUAAAUGUUUAGGAAAAAAGAUAUUGUUUCAUUUGUUUUAUGAAAUUAUGGUGCAUUGUAUACGCAUUGUUCCACAUUUUUAAGAUGAUUUAUCAAGUAUUACUGUUGUAAGACUCUCUUCAGCAGUUUAGUGGACUGUUGGCAGUACCAAGUUACAUUAGAACUUAUUGUUGUACUUAUUCAUGUUUACAAAUGUCAUAUUUUUGCAUGAGUAAUUUAAAAAUGGGUUCUCACUGAUUUUCUGAUAUCAUUAACGUGUGAUGUGUAAGUCAUGUUGUAACACACUAACACCAGAUAUAAUACCAUGGGAGGGUUGGGUGGCGCAGUGGGUAAUGCACUUGCCUUUCACCAAGGCAGCUGGGGUUCAACUCCAGUUUCCUCCCACACUGACUCUUGGCACACUAACAUGUAGGCCAACACACGUGGUUAGUGUCAGUUGGAAUAACUUGUUUCAUUAUUGUUGUAAAAUGAAUAAUGUUUAUAUAUAAUAGCAUUCAUAAAUUAAUGUAUUAUGAAAUAAUGCUGUUUUUUUUUAAAGAUUCUAAAUCCCAUCCCAAUUGGCUGUAAACUAACCAGUGGCUCAUGGUGUCUUUGUUUAUAUAAGGCUGGUCUAUUUUCAAAUCCAAGGGUUCUCAACUUCUACCUUGCCUUGACUUGUGUACAGUCUAUAUAUGACCACAGCUAUACAUCUUACCUUCAGUAAAUAGGAUGAGCCUAUUAAUAGUUUAAAAGAUGAUAUUUAUUUGACACCCAGUAAAUACAACUACGUUAUAUGAGCCUUUACAAAGUCUGAAACUUAUAUUUUUAAUUCUAACAGUAACCUUUAGAAUUUUCACCAUUGGUGAUAUUUAUUGGAAGUUCAGAACUUGAAUGUUUGAAAAAAUAAACGCUUCAUGUCAAGAAUAUUGCCAGAAAUCAGUGAGAACCUAAAGAAUUAUCAUAAAACCAGGCCUGAUGAAUCUGACACUUAAACAACUUUCUCCCAUAUCUGCAAUAGCUUAGCAACUGUGUACUUUAAUGUGUUCUAAUAACAUGAAAAGAGUUUAUUAUAUUAGCCACUUCACUACACAUGGGAUUAAUGCUUGUGUGUGUUUUUGUCAGUAGAUAUUCUGACCUUUUGAUCAGACUGCUUUUUCUCAGCAAUGUCUGCAUAGGGAACAGUACUAUUCCUGAGCAGUUAGGUGAUUAAAUCACAGAGUGACAUUCAGUAAAGUAGCAUUUUAACAUAUAAUUGAUGAAACUACAAUUGAAUUACAUACAAAAUUUUCUUUUUCAUUUCCCUAUUUGAUCCAUGAGGCUUUAAGCAAAAAAUGUGUACUCACUUGGAUCAAGUUAGUGAUAGUUCUAUGUUUUAAGUAUCACACUUAAGGGAGUUCUGUGUUUAAGUGUCAAACUAGAGAGGAAGUAGUGUUAAAAGGUAGGAGAAAUCUUCGUUCAGCUAUUUACAAGGUAUAUGGAACUCUAUGAGUAAAAACCAAACUAAAAAGAAAUCCUGUGUAGUAUCAAACUAGAUAGAAAUUCAAAGAUGAAGUUGGAUGGAAAAUCUGGAUUCAGGUAUCAAACUAUAUGGAGUUCUAUUUAUAAGAAUAAAACUAGAAGAGAAUUUUGUGUUUAAGAAACAGUGAAAUUACAUUUUGAAGUGUGAAACUAGAGAGGAAUUGGUUUAAAUAUCCGGUGUAAAGAGAUUCUAUGUUAAAGUAUCAAGCUAGGGGGAAUGGUAAUACAUAUGUACAACUUGAAGAUAAUGAAAUGUUUUGAAAACUCGAGUUAUAUAAUCUACAUAUUUAUGGACUUAUAGAUAGACAGACCAAGUGAUGACUAUAGGGCAUAGAAUAAUUAACUAUAUCACUGUCUUCUACCUUAUAAAGAUUCCAGCCCCCUCCGAGUGGUCGUAAAUCUUUCGUUCUCUAAAUGAUCUUGUUUCAUUGCUUUUAACACUAGGCAUCUUUCAAAGCACACACAUAGGCUGGAACAUCUAACACAAGAAAAAAUUUGAAAGAAAAAUUUCAAUAUUUUAAAAAUGAUAGGCUGGUAAUGCAAGUUUGAUAGCAAUCAUAAUAAAUUGGUUUUGAUCACUGGGACUUUCUGAUAUCAGACCGGUCUAGAAGGUGAUUUUGGUUGUUUCUUAGAGGGUUCUAAUAAAAAAGGUUUCUUUUGUAAAGGUAUAUAAUUUGUAUAGAAACAUUGAUCAUUGGUUUUCAUGGGUUCAGCAUAUCUCCAUGUGUUUAUGUUUUUAAGAUUUAUGUUUCAGAAUAAUGGCAGCUUAAUAUCAGUAACCGGUAAAAACUUAAUUUGAUAUUGUACCAGACAUAAUUCAUCUUCAAAUAGGAAGAUCAUGAUUUAACUUAACGUUACGCAAUGUUUGUUUUUAUUUCUAUUGCUGUUUAUGGUUAAAUAUCACAUAUUUUUUUUAUGAAAUUAAAAUUUUAAUGAGAGAUGUAGUACAGUGAAAAUCCUUGACCUGUUACAUUCUUUUAUAAUGUCCUUAGUGAUGACCAUCACCCACCCCAUUUCUAGGUAUGGUUGUAAAACAACUGUCAUGAGAGUUGUUAAUUAAAGUUUUUCAUUUUAUUGAACAAAAUUAAAACAUAAAAAUGAUUGAAGGUGCUAACAUGAUGAUUUUAUAGGAUAAGUGUUUGUACUGAAUUUACAGAAUUGAGGUGUUUCAUUGUUUCUGUUUUAUAGAAAUGAUACCUGGCAAUUUACACUCACCUGUUGACAAGGCAAGACUUUUUUAUGUAGUUAUUAUUUCUGAAAAUAUUCAACGAAAUUAUUAAACUACUGCAAAGUUGCUAUAGAAAUUGUGUUUCAGUUUAUGUAGCCUUAAGAUAUCUUUUUCAUAUAAUGACAAAUUGAACAAGAUAUCUACGUAUAAAAAUAAAUUUCCUGAAGAAAACCGGUGUACUUUUGUUAAUCAAUUGAAUUUUGAUUUCAUUUGUUAUUCAUUUUUAAAUAGAAAUAUACUCAGAAUUUAUAAAUUAGAAUGACAGAGCAUGUUUUUAAGGAAAAAUAGAGUUGUAUAUUAAGUUUCAGAUGAUUUACCUGAUGUAGGAGGUGAUCAUCAACUUUUAUAAAUUCCUGUUAAAAUUUGAGAGCCUUUUUUAUUUCAAUCGUAAUAACAAUGAGAUAUAUUGUUUGUAUAUCAUUGAUGAUCUGAAGAAUUUACUUUGUUAGGUGAAUUCUUGCUGAUUUGUUUGUUUUUAUCUUAUUAUCAUUAUUUUCUUGUUAAAAUUAUAAAUGGCAAAAUGAAAUACAUAGAAUAUUAUUCAUGGGACAAUCUUGUUGCAUUUUGAGAGGCUUCAAAACUUCAAAAUGUGUACUUAAGGCAGAUUCACCGAUAGUGUGAAUCUGUUUUAAUUACCAUGGCAAAAAUAUCUUUAAAAAAUAAUGCUUUCUGUCUUACCAGUAGAGAAAAAUUAGCAGGAAUUCGUCUAAAAUCCCAAGGUUUUUUUCUUGAAUCAAAAUACAUAUAUGAACAAGGGAUCGCAGUACGGAAGUUGUCAUUAUAAAAGAUGUAAACUUAUUGGUGUCCUCAGAAUGAAACAUUAAAGAAUUUAUAAAUAUAUCUAUUUAAUUGUUACAAGGUAUGUUUUGUAGCUUUCCUAUAAUUAGACGUAAGUGUUUAGUUAUAAUAUGCAUGUAUUACUUGAGAUACCACCUAACUAGUCAGGUUUGGGGUGAAAUAUGUACAGUGACUUUUCCAGUCCAUGCAAGACACAUGUUUAAAUCCUUGAAAUGCAAAUUUUUAGGUACUAAUUUCUCAAAUAGCAAGACUUUGGUGUAAAUUGCAUCAUAUCUGUGUUUGUACAUGUUUGGAGAUUAAUGGGCAGAUAAUUAUAUUUAUAUUAUGAAAUAGUUGACAGAUGAUCAUCUGUCCCAUUUCACUUUUAAAAUUAAUAUUGAAAAGAAAAGAGAUUUUGUGUUGUGGUGACGUAUGGACAGUUGUGUGGACUAGAUUUUUAUUGUGAUUCUAUAAUUGUGAUAAAUGUUUUAACACAAGACUAAAGCUAUUGAUAUCAUAUGUAUUACAAAAGUGUCACUUGCAUAUAUAGAGGUUAUAACAGUAAUCACAGGGGCCGCAGUAGGGCUUAGUAGGAGAAAAAAUUACUCAAAACUAUUUUAUUAGUUUGACAAGUGAUAUUCCCUUGUUAUUAUGACUAGCAAUGAAGGUAGACAAACUACACAAAUAAUUAAUGAGAUGAAGAGGCAGUAAUAAGUUGGACCAUUUGACCCUAUGACACAUUUCAUGUUUUUAAGCAGUAAGAAAUAUAUCUACAUUAGAGUCUCGAUAAUUCUGCCAUCUUCCUCUGAGAAAAAGGGGGCUUACACUGGAUGAAAAUAACACUAACUAGAGUUAUCUCCCUUACAAACUUAUUACAGUUAUUCCACUUAACAAAUCGUUAGCAUGUCUUAAAACUAAAAUUUGCUUCUUGUUAUCAAUACAUGUAUUCUUUGCCUACUUGUCAAAUGUGGUGUGGAACCAUUUCCAAAUUACUAUUUGCAAAAGACAUGAUUUCAGAUGUGGACCUCUCCAGGAACGGAAAUAUGUUUCACUGUUUCGACUUUAUAUCUGUGCAUACUGGUAGUGUGAUCUUCCAGAUACCAUUGCUUUUAAUUUUCUGACAUGGUUGAUUUUAACACCAUUUGUCAAAUAACAUUGUUAAAAUGAUUUAAUUAAAGAAUUUGUUGUUAAAAUGAAUUGAUUAAAGAAUUUGUCACAGCUUCUAAAUUUGUAUUGACAAAAUUCUUGUGUCAUUGUUCAAACUAGCUAUUUUUCAUCCGUCAUCUCUAUUGAUAGUCAUGUGGUCAGUCAUAUGGGUAGUCAACAGUUACCAAUCAUGUGGUGGAUCAUGUGAUUGGUCAACAUUUAUCAUUCAUGUGGUCAAUCAUUUGAAAUGGUCAGCAUUUAUCAGUUGAGAGCACCAGGUAACUGCUGGACUGGUCAAAUUCUAUGUAUUGUAAAAUGGUAAAUAGAAUAUUCAUGGUGCUAAAAAAAAUCCAUUUUUUUCAUCGUAUCAUGAUAUAGUUUUUUGACCAAUGGUCCUUUUUCUUCUGCAUUUUAAGACUUGCCUGCUUUAGUCCUGAUUUCCUUUAGAGAGUUCUCUCUCAGAUUAACAAUGUGCUUGUUAUCUAUAUAGGUAUGAAUACUACGUGUGAAUUUUAGGCAAAUGUGGUUGUUUACAUGUGUUGAGUGUGUUUUAAAUGUUUAAAUGUAGAAAUUACUGUUAUAUGUAACACAGAAUCCUAUAAAUUAUAACUAUUAAACGUUUCAUACAAUGAAAAAAAAAAACUAUUGCUCAAAGCAAAAAUGUCAUCCUUUAAAAGAAUUUUGUUUUUGUUUUUAAUACAAUGCAUUUAUCACUACUUAUAUAUGUGAGGAAAUUGUUGUAUAUUCAUUUUUUGCUUGCCAAAGGCAUUCAUCUUUCAUUUCUUUUUGUUUUGUUGGACGAUUCUAUUGGGAUGCAAUAAAAUUGUUUGUAACUGAA